GGCGGCGGAGGCACUGGAGGGCUGGUCUGGUAUCUGCUGUCCUCACAGCAAGGUAUGGACCAGAAAAAGAGUCCAAGCAGUUUCAGAGCAGGUGUGAAUGGGAUAGGGAACAAAAGAGAUAAACAAAGAAGCUGUGAAUAUAUUGGAGGAGAGAAGAUUUAAGAGAGGAUGUCAAGUAGAAGACAUGAGCAUUGGAACCCUUCAAAGAGGGUGAAGAGGGCUAACAAGGAGGAGAAUAUGUGGGAUUGCAGCGUGUGCACCUACAGAAACUCUCCGGAGGCCUUCAAAUGCCUCAUGUGCGAUGUCCGGAAGGGCACGUCAACAAGAAAACCUCGGCUAAAUGCAGAACUAGUAGCAGCACAGGUGGCUCAGGUGGUUCCUCCUAAGGUCAAGAAGUCAGAGCGGAAGGACAGAGAACGGAAGGGUGAGGGGCGCAACUUACAAAAAGGCAGGCCAAGAUUGAAGAAUGUUGACAGAAGUACAGCGCAACACAAUGCUGUCACUGUGAAUAACGUGACUGUCAUCAUCACAGAAUUCCAACCCAAACAACGCAAAACUUCAUCUGGGAACAGCUCGGCCACGACCAAUGGAGACACAUCUCAAAUCAUGUCGUCGUCAGAGGCAGGAUCCAUCUCAGACGCGUCCACAGACACACGCAACGGAGACAUCACUACUGAGUCUCGGAGUUCAUAGGCCAAUCACCAGAGUAAACCCAGCGGGGUGUGUGUUUUCUCUGCAUCAGGAAAAAUCAACAGCAAAAAACAAACGGAUCUUUUUUGGGUCUCAAUGAAUGUCAUCAGCCAUGCAAUUGAUUUUAAUCAGAGCAGCCAUGAUUCGAUAGCUAUUAGCAGAGUCGCAGAUCUGCUUAGCAAUGGGCUGUGAUUUAAAAGAUUUUUUGGCUCCAGCAAUGUGAUGCUAAAUGAAACGUGAUAUUGCUCAGCAGCAAGAGCUGGAACUUAUUUUUGCUUUUAUAAUUUUUAUUUUAAUGUGAUAAUCACUUUUAUUACUAGUGUUAUUAUUAUUAUUAUAGUUUUUAUUAUUAUUAUUAUUAUUAUUAUUAUUAUUACUAUUAUUAUUAUUAUUACUAUUGUUUUUUUAAUUCUUAUUCUUAUUAUUAUUAUUACUGUUAUUCUUAUUCUUAUUAUGAUUAUUAUUUUUAUUGUUAUCAUCAUCAUGAUUAUCAGUUUAUCAUUCAUUGUUAUUCCCCAUUUCUCUUUUUAUUCAACUUUUUACUGUAAGAAGAGAUUGAGCGAGCGAUGUAAGUGGUGGAAGCGUCAAGACAGGACACCUUUGAGAGAAAGUGGACUCUCGAUUCAGGUGGCGAAAGGGCCGCGAGGGACACUCUUUUGUAUGUACAGUUUGGUUAACCUCAAAGGUACUAUUUAAACUAAUGGCAUGAUGACCUUUGUGAAGGUAAAUAAACAAAACAAACAAACAAAACAAUAGAACAUAAAAGGAGAAAAAUGUCCAGUUGAACAGUGUUAAAAAUAAAAACAAAGUUAAUGAUUUUUACCUCCAAAAAUUGGAAGCAAAAUUUAAGAGAACCUCUUCAAAGGAUCUGGCUGAAGCGUUACCAGUCUAGUUAUUUGGCUACUAUUUGCGCACGAUUUCAGAUCUUUGAUAAACCCCUAUUAAUUCCCCAAAAGAACACCCAGGAGCUCGAGAUGUGUGGGUUAACCAUAUUUCGUGAGCACUGCGAUGGAGGAAAAAACGGAAGAAGGAAAUUACACCCACACAUUUAAAAGUAUGUCAUUAUUAUGAUUGUUAUUAUUAUCAUCAUUGGUUUGGUUAAUUUUUUUUGUGUGUGUCUUUCCGGCUUUGAAGAGGGUGUAAUUGCUAGGGGGAGGGUCUCGUUAUGAUAAUGUACAAAUGCAUCACGUUGCCUUGUUAACAUUGACUUGUAAAAAAAAAAAAGGAAAAAAAAAAGUAUCACCAUUUCCAGAGGUGCCACUUGUGUGUUUUACUCAGUCAGUUGUUUGGACUAUCUAGCCUCCUCUGUAUUUUUUGAUGCUUGGUAACAAAUCUAACACCCAUAUAUCAGAUUGUAGGAGUCAUGUUAAUGCCAAGAAACAUUUCUUUUUUCUUUUUUUUUUUAGAGUUAGGAUUUGGGCUGUAAGUCCUAGAUGUAAAUUUGUAAUGAAAAGAAAAAAAAUGUUUUAGGUAGUGUAAUAUUUUGUGUGCAUUUUGAGCUGGAGUGCCAGGGUGUGCACGUGUGUGUAUGUGCAUGUGUCAUGGACGUAUGCAUGUGUGUGUAGGAAUGAAAAGGAAAGAGGUGAAAGGUUUGAUACAUUUUUGCUAAUGAUGAAUGCAACUGAUGGAGAAAUGCCCACUGGCUCUUCAAUUUGUAACAUGCUGUUCCAUACUUGUUUAGGCAUUUUCUAAGAUGUACUACAGAUAGCCAGAUCUUUUCUCACUCUUUCUUUUUUUCAUCUGUAGUAAUUGUAUGUAGGAUUCAUAUUUUAAUAUCUUAUUUGACUUCAUCUUUAAAAAAGUAUUCAUCAAAGCAUUGAUGAGGGUUAUUCACAUAAUGGUUGUAUUAUAGUUUCCCCCAUUCAUCCAAUUUUAUUGUAUUUAGCAACCAUUUUUAGAACAUCUUACCACAACAAUGGACAUGCUUUUGCAUUGAAAGCAUUAGCAUCGAUCUUAAUGGAAGAGGAGUCACCUUCACUAGUAUUUUUAAUGAAGAUUGAUUUGUGUGGAAUCUGAUUGGUGUUAUUAUUGUCUGCAACUAGUAGGAAAGUGGUACCAUUUGCCGUUGACUGCGGUGACAGAUGUUUGUGAUGUAAACAGGCAGACAAUUUUAGCUUUGAGUUUGUACCCAAAUACUUGACCGCCAAAAGCAGUUGAUACUGUGUGCACCAAUUUCUUAUUUCUUGGUAUGUUUUAUGAACUUUUUAUAUAUUUUUAAAUAUUUGAUUUUUUUUCUCUUUUGUUAUUAUUAUCAUUAUCAUAUUUUAAUGUUCAAAAUAAUGUCCACUUUUAAAUCCCAGUUUCACAGGUCCAUUUAUUUGAUUUGUUUAUUUUUUUUACAUGUAUAUCAAUAUCCCCAGUGACUUGCUAAUCAUCUUUUAAUGAUAGAAAUGACUAGCUAGACGUGAUCAUUCCACGAACCAACUUGCAAAUUUUUCAGGUGAGCUCUUGUUUUGUAGGCCGUGUCUUGUAUUGAGGAACGUGAAAGGUGACCCAAGGAGGCAUUGUUUUCUUACAUUUAAGUCCACCUUUAGGGAAAAAAGAAUUAAUUUCUCUAUAAGAAUGUUGAAGUACGUAAAAGGAGCCUGAGGGAAGAUAACUAGAAAUCUUGUACAUAGUGUAAUAUGUUGGUUAGAAGGAUAUGGUAGGAGACUGUGUCACACAACACAGAUGUAACUGCUUUUGAAGAGACAAAUUUUUUUUUGUUUCUUUGUUUUUCAUUAGACAGUUCAGAUACAUAGUGAAUUUUAAAAAAUGCUACUUCAAUGAACUUUCAUUAAACUUUCAGGAAAUUGUCUUUUCAUAUUUUUCUCAAUGAGGAACUUCUUCAAGUUCUUUCAGGUGUGGAAUCUGAUAUGUAAAAUAGCUGAAUAUAAAGUGGCUGUGAUAUGAGGAUGAAUUGUGUGAUUGACACCAUUCAAAAACAAAAAAGAAAACAAAAAUGCAAAAGCUAAAAAAAAUGUAUAUGAGGUGUUCUCACAUUGUCACUUAUUUGUAUUUGUAAGGACUGAGAGUGUAGAUAUAAUGAUUAAGAUUGAUAUUGAUGAAAUAAUCCCAAUGACCCUAGGACAGUGUUUGUAAAAUUGCCCUUGUGCUCAGAUUUGGCAGAUGAAACUUGCCCAAAAUGUUGCAGCUUCCAUUUUAGGCAUCUUUAACAUUGGGUUUGUUUGAGGUGAUUUUUCUGUUAGUACACAUACAUCAGCUGACGAUUGGGGGUGACUGGAUUGCACAAAAAAGAAAAAAAAAACCUGGAUAAGUGCACCCUUUCAUGUCAGUUUAGACUCAUGAGACUGGAAUUCACCUUCCAGUCCUCCCUUUCAUUCUCACAUAUAGAUAGCAUCAAAUUUUUCUGAUUAACCUGUUGUCACCAGGACGGCAACUUUACAUGCCCUGUUCACUAUGAUUUUAGUUUUUUUAUUUUGUUGAGAUGAAUAUGGCUCAACAAGUGCUUAGUCACCAAGGAGUUCAUUAUUGAAGCCUUCCAAAUCUUGCCUAUUUGCUGUAUUCCUGGAAGUAUCAGAUUAAAAUUAUUUUUACUAUUAUUAUUGUUAAGAACAUUAUGAUGAUAAUAAUAUUAAUGAUGAUAAUAUUGUAAAUCAAAACUUUUUUGGAAUAUAUAAGGAAUGGGGUACAGAUGAAGUUUAGUAGGUUUCAUAAGUAAAUGCUUGUACAGCCAUCAGUAUGUAUACAAAGGUAACAAAACAAAACAGUGAACAGCUUAUAUACCUGGGGCCAAUGGGUUCAUACAUCUUAAUCCUUCAUUCUUUAUUUGAUACACUUCUUACUUGCCCAUUUCUGUAAUUACCAUGCAUGUUUCAUUAUCAUCAUUUAGUCAUCUGUAUCUGAUAUGUCAGAUUGUCCAAGAUUUCUCAACUAUCUCCGUCAUACUUCAUUUCACAACAAACAGUAGUUAUUCUCUCGUGUAGCCAGGUCUCUUGUUCUUUUCAGUACAGUAAUGUAUAAACCAGAAUAGAGUAAUACUAAUAUAUAGAUUAGUUUUUAAUCCGUUAACAGUAUUUUUUUAUGAAGUUUCAUCUUUAUACACUUUUUUUUCACUUUUUUCUGAAUUGUAUGAUCAGUAGCUAAUUUUGGCAAUCAUAUGAUUUUAAAGGACAGUACUGAAGAUGGCUGACUGUGUCUACAUAGCUCUCUAUGUAUUUUUUUUUAUGUCUCAUUGCCAAUGUAUGCAGUGUAUGGAACAUUGAUUUUGCUAAUCCAAUCCAGAAUCUUAGCCAAGUUUGUUGUCGAGGUGUGAGAGGUUUGGAGUGCGAGUGAGAGAGGAGUUUGUAUAUGAAUGAUUUCCUAUGAAGGUGGUAGAUGUUGAUUUGAUCCACUGCCUAAGAGUUUACACUUGUAGUGUCACUUAGUAUGUAUAGAUGUUAAAAUGCAUCAUAUUGAAAAGUGAAGUUGGGUGCUUUGACACCAUGUUACUGCCAGGUAAAUUUAGAUGUAUUGAAAUUGUUAAUUUAAGAUUUAAAAGGUCUAGAAGAUACAAGCACCUUUGUACCCAAGACUUUUUUCUUUUGUUUCUCCUCCAUGUGGAAGGAUUGUAUGCUGUAAGGGUGUGUCUGCCCUAGUUAAUUUGUGUAUCUCCAGUUAUAUAAGUUAUUAACAUAAAUUCCAGUAAACCUGCUUCAUCAUUUUACUAUAGAGAAAUAAGUCUUAAAAACUAUGGAACAAGGUCUGGUUACCCAAUAUAAUUAAGAUGCCACUGUAUUGUAUGUCUACAGUUUUAUGUUACUACAUAUCCAGUUGCUGUAGGUAAACAAGAGAGGUGUCAGUAUUGUAGGUGGAGCAGGCUUCACAGCAUGUUUGCCAUAUAGGAGAGAUGUCUGCUUAACUGCUAUCGAAGUCUCUGAUUAACUAAAUAUUUAUUUGUCCUCAUGGAAUAUGUAUAUUUUUUAGUUUUUUUCUUGGUUGAUCCAAGUGAUUUUAGUGCCUAGAAUAUACAGAAAAGGUAUUGUGAACUUUUUUUUUCAUGCACAUAUCUUUUUUUUUUUCUUUUCUUUUUUUUUAAACAUGGGAAACUCUGAAAAAUUAAAAUGUGUUUAAAUAGUAUUACCAAAUGUUCUGAUUUGCAUUUCCUGUGUACAACUACAUAAUUACAUGUACAUUUUCAUUCCACACCUUUUACACAAGGUCAAGUGAAAAUUGAAGAUGUAAGAGGUCUUGAAGUAUAAAUAUAGUACUUCAGUAAAUUUUAUGAACAGAUUUUUAAACUGAAAUAAAACUACACUUUCUGU